CGCGUCUCCUGCUUUUGUCCCCUCGCGUCCUCUCUCCGUUUCCAUUACGUUCAAACAAAGCUCUUCUGCGCGACUAUGGCUGACAUCAAUGCCAUCGCACAGCAAUUUACGGAUUUUUACUACAAGACCUUUGAUCAGGACCGAGGCCAACUCACGCCCCUCUACAGAAAUGAAUCUAUGCUAACCUGGGAGGGACAGCAGUUUCAGGGCGUACAGACGAUCGUGGAGAAAUUAAUGAGCCUGCCUUUUCAGAAGGUCGUACAUCAGGUCACAAAGUUCGACGCGCAGCCAUCCUCGAUUGUUACUCCGAAUCUGCUUGUCAGCGUCACCGGACAUCUUCUGGUUGAUGAUGAGACAAAUCCCCUACCGUUCAGCCAAGUCUUCCAGCUCAUUCAGGAUACAGAGACGGGCAGCUAUUAUGUCUUCAACGAUAUCUUCCGUCUGAACUUGGGCUGAACGAAGUGAUGGUCUCCAUAUAUCAUCGAUGCCAGCGGUAUACUGCGCUAGAUUAAUGUUUGAUUAUGUAGGAAGGUUUCUUGCCUGUAUGAAAGUUUAAAGUGGCGACGCUUUUGUGCCUUUGAAGCACCUUUGUAGCUUAUAACUAGUAGCAUUUUGUUAUUUGCUAUCCCUGAAUGAGAUGUUACAAUUUAUUUCAAAGAU